AUGAAGGCCAAUGUACCCGUGUACACGAUCGCCCAGCCAGACGUGGCCGCCCAAAUGCUGGUCAAAUGUGCUUUGGAGCAUGGAGCACCGUUGGUCGUCGUGCCUCCGCUGUCGGAAUUCAACAUUUCCACGCACGACCUCGACCAUUCAUUGGGCAUGCACGGGCAAUACCAACGAGUGAACGCGGCGUUGGCGGUGGUGCUGGCGUCGGCGUGGCUCGCGGCAAGGCACGGCACGCCCCUGCCGCCGUUCCACCGCAUGAUUUCGCCCACGACGUUGCAAGGCUUGAAGCAGGCGUUCUGGCCCGGUCGGUCCCAAACGAUCGAGGACCCGCUCUCCACGGCCGUGUUCCACGUCGACGGCGCACACACGCCGUUGAGCAUCGAGUGCUGUGCGCACUGGUUCGACUCGUGCUGCCAGGUGACGGACCACCGGAUUUUGAUCUUCAACUGCCACCACGAACGCGACGUUGUGACGCUGUUCCUUCCGCUGCUCGCGCUUGGAUUCCACCACGUUGUGUUUUGCCCGUCGCGAUCUUGCCGACCUAGCAUCAUCCCGAGUGUCCAGGAAGCGCUCCUCAAGGCCAACCUCGACAUCGCCGGCCUCCCGUCCGACGCGUUCAACACAGACACGUUCCCCCCACGGGAAGAUCGCAUGCACUGGCAGCACGUGUGUGAAAAGACGUGGACGAUUCUGAAUCAACUGCACGGCCAAACCACCCACACGAGUCUGUUUCCGUCCGUGGAAGCCACAUUGCACUGGAUCCGCACGACUGCCCCGCCGAAUACAAAGGUAUUGGUCACGGGCUCCCUGUACAACGUUGGGGACACGCUCAGUGCCCUCGAGUGGUCGGAGGAAUAG